AUGCCGCCUUUUGCAUAUCGGGCGUACCUCUUGGACAAAGUCUUGCCUUCGAUCGUGCAGCUCUGGCCGGGCGACGCAAGUGAGAUCGUGCUCCAGCACGACAAUGCGAAGACCCACGUGACGGUGUCCGACAAGCGCCUACAAGAGGUCUUCAACGAGUUCAAGACCAAGGGGUGGACCUUUCGUUUGGCACCGCAGCCGCCGAACUCGCCCGACUUCAACGUCUUGGACUUGGGGCUCUUUGCCGUGCUGCAGUCGCUGCAACACCGCGAGGCCGCACGAUCCAUUGACGAGCUUGUGGCUAAUGUUCGUCGAAUGCAAAUUUUCUUAUCGGGCAAGUAA